CUUGAUUGGUGAUAUGGAGAUUUGCAACGAGAAAUUAAUUGAAGCUGUGCGUGAGCAUGAGUGCCUUUAUUUAAAGAAGCACAAAGCAUACAAAAAUAAGGUGCUUAAGGAAGCCGCUUGGGUCGAAAUAGCCGUACUAUUGGAAAAUACUCCCUACAAUUGUAAGACGAGGUGGCGUUCCUUAUGCGACCGCAACAGAAGGGAAAUUGUGGAAGGCGCUAAUCCCUCUGGCAGUGGCAGCAGCUUUCGUAAGCCAUGGAAGCUGAAGGACGCUAUGUCGUUCUUAAACGACUCGGUGGAAGCGGAAUGUACAACAUCCAACGUUGACUAUUCAGAAGAAACAGAAGAGACCGAAGAGGCCCAAACACCGCAGCGAGAUGCGGCCAAGAAGCGUAAGAUGGACGACUUGUUUGAGGACGUAUUGGUACGCAUGAAAAGCAAGUAUGAUGGCGAAUCAGCAAAUACCUCAGACGAGGACAGUUUUUUUACUUUGCUGCGAGCAAAGUUUAGCCGUUUGUCUGCAGAAGAGGUAGACGAACUGCAGGCAGAAAUUUUG